CACCCCCAUCAGCAUCAUCAUGUCUGGCAACAACUCAACACAGCAGCCCUCGCUCGUCGGCGGCCACGCCGAGUACGUCAAGGGUGCCGCAGAGGCUGCGAUUGGUGACAUCUCGGGGUCCCACACAUGGAAGUCAUCUGGCGAGCAGGCCAAGGCGCGCGCGGUGGACACGAUGAAGGCGGCCGGUGAGGCGCGGGACGCGACACAUGGCUAUGGCAAGGUCGAGCAGAAGCUGGGCGAGGUGACGGGCUGCGAGGGCAUGGAGAAGGAGGGUGCCGCGAGCAAGCAGCCCGAAUGAGCUGGAGCUGCCGCACAGGGCAUGGAUGGCGGAUGGCCAGGUGGAGACCA